GCGGACUAAAGCUCAUCCUGAUUCAGGACAACGGCACUGGAAUCAGGAUAAAUGACUUAUUUAUCAGCCUCAACGUCUGCUGCUCAGAGCAGGUCAGAUAAAACCUCCAGCUCUUCCACUGCCGCUCAAGGUCCAGCAGAGCCAGACGACUCCGAGCUGCUGAAUGCUCUUGAUGUUCUGGAGCCGCGUGACACCAAGGAUCAACAGACAAGACAGUCAACCUCCUCCCCAUGAAGCACCACCAAGGAAAAGGUCUCAUGUUGGGGAGGUGAAGGAGGAUUUGACGGCCGCCUCUCUACCCAGGAGACGCGCCAUUAAACUGACCAGCAUAAAGGAGCCCCGGCAAGAUAUUGAGCAGCAAACUCACAAAGGUUUACAGGAUCUGCUCCAGAAUCACUCAUUUGUAGGUUCAGUCAAUCCUCAAUGGACUCUAGUGCAGCACCAGACCAAACUCUACCCGCUCAAUACAACCAAACUCAGCCAGGAGCUGUUUUAUCAAAUUUUGAUCUACGAUUUUGGCCAUUUCGGGGUCCUUCGAUUGUCGAAUCCAGCUCCGCUCUAUGAUUUGGCCAUGUUGGCUCUGGAUUCAGAGGAGAGUGGAUGGAUGGAGGAGGACAGUCCAAAAGAAGGACUGGCUCAGUAUAUCGUGGAUUUCCUGAAGCAGAAAUGCUGGAAGAGAGGGGAACCUGACUGGUCUGCCAAUGCUGCUUGAUAAUUACUCUCCUGCCAUGAAGGGACUUCCCAUGUUCAUUCUGCGUUUAGCCACUGAGGUGAACUGGGAUCGAGAGAAGGAAUGUUUAGAAUGCAGUCGCCAUAGAAUGCAGUCACUUCUAUUCCAUAAGGAAGCAAUACACACUGGAGCCGGAUGCAGAAGAGCCGCAGGAUGCUCCACCUUCCACUGCCAGCUCAUCUCUGCAUGUGCUUUUCAAAGCCCUCCGCUCUCUCUUCAGUCCUCCAAAACACUUCAGUGAAGACGGCAGUGUUCUGCAGAUCGCCAGACUGCCUGAACUCUACAAAGUCUUUGAAAGAUGCUGAAUAUUAGUACUCUGUUGUCCUGUGGUUUCAAUGCUGUACUAUCAAAAAUGGCUGUGUUUUGUGGGUCAGCUGACUAACUCAAAAUGACUGACAGCGAUAAACAGCCUGUCAUAUUAUUUUAGAUGACUAGCUAACAUUAAACCAAGAAUGUAUAGAUAUUUGUACUGCAAAUGAAUAAAAAA